ACAUGGAGGGCGCCGAAAAAUUCUACCAUCCGUACGAGCCCUAUGACAUCCAGCUGCAAUUCAUGCGGGCGUUGUACGACUGCAUCGAACAAGGUAAAAUCGGCAUCUUCGAGUCUCCGACUGGUANNAGUGACGGUUUGAAUACAUGGACCUGUGAACAUCUUUCUGAUAAAUUGGCAGGUACUGGCAAAUCUCUAAGUUUGGCAUGUGGCUCAUUGACAUGGCUGCGCGACCAUAAGAGGAAGGAGUUUGAUGAUAGUAUAGCUGCCAUUGAAGGAGGUACUAUACCCAACUGCAUACGGUUCGACUCUUGGCUGUGGACUAAAUUUACACAGNAUGAUGACGAACCUGAGUGGAUGGUCCAACACUCCCGAGAAGAAANNAAGAAACAUCAAGUCAUUCAAAAGCGAGCAGAACUAGAAGCAAGACUUGAAAAGAUCAGACAACACGAGUGCAAGGUCAGAGAUCGACAAGAGAAUGGGCCGCCAUUGACCAAGAAGAGAAAAUUUGACGAGAACAACAACAACAACGGCAAAGAUGCUGAUAUCCUUGACGAUGAGCAAUUCGCUCUCGACGACUAUGGAAGCGAUGAUGAAGGCAUCAAAGUUUCACGCUCCAACAAUGGCGACGCAGAGCUAGGCUUGUCUAAAGAAACGCAAGCACUAAUGCAGAAACUCGGCUAUGGUAUCUCCUCACUGCCCAAACCAGAAGACCUCGAAGCAGAAGACGAGCUGAAGAUAUACUUUUGCUCGCGCACACAUUCGCAACUGAGUCAAUUUGUCAAUGAGCUUCGAAGAAUAGACUUGCCAGCCGCCAUACCUGCCGUACAGGAGGAAGUCAAGAAGAAAGCCACACUUUCCGAGGAACUGAAACAUCUGUCUUUGGGCUCAAGAAAGAACCUUUGCAUAAACAGUAAAGUGUCGAGUCUGAAGAGUAUGACAGCGGUCAAUGAGCGGUGCCUCGAACUCCAAGAUGCAAAGACGCCAAAGGAGCAAAGGUGUCCGUUUGUGCCGAACAAGGAGAAUGAAGGCUCGUUGUUGGACUUUCAACACCAUGCUUUGGCAAAGAUACGUGAUAUUGAGGAUCUAGGCACUUUGGGCAAGAAGUUGGAUGUCUGUCCUUAUUACGCCACGAGACCUGCAGUGAAGCCUAGCGAGGUUAGUGCCACCCUCGUAUAUACCUUUUUCAGUCUCUCCAGUCGCGUCGACAGACAAAGACGCUUUGAUGCUGAUGCAUACAGANUCGUCACACUGCCCUACCCACUUCUUCUUCAAAAGACCGCCCGAGAAGCAUUAGGCUUGUCUUUGAAGAAUCACAUCAUAAUCAUUGACGAAGCUCACAACUUGAUGGAUGCAAUCUCAGGCAUCCACACUGUAGAAGUCAGCUUACAGCAACUACACCUCGCUCGCGCUCAACUGACCGCCUACCUCCAACGCUUCCGCAAUCGUCUCAAAGGCAAGAACAGAGUUUAUGUUACCCAAGUGGUACGCUUACUCGACUCUAUCGCCAAUUUCUUGCAGUCCUUGGACCCUAAAACAGGAAACGAAGGCACUGUGCAAGCCACUGAUUUGCUCAAGGGUAAAGGAGUUGAUCAGAUCAACCUCUACAAGCUGAUGCACUACCUGCAAGAAAGCAAGUUGGCGAGGAAAGUGGAAGGCUAUGUUUCUGUCGAGCAACAGAAACAGCAGAAACUCAACAACAAUGGCGCGACGAAGGAAGUCACAGUGCCGGUGCUCACGCACAUUACUAACUUGUUCAUGGUGUUGACGAACCCAGCUAGGGAGGGCCGUUUGUUCUACACCGUUGGCGAUGAAAGAACGCAGACAAAAGUAAAGUACAUGCUCCUGGACCCAUCAGAGCACUUUCGCGAUAUCGUCGAAGAGGCAAGAGCGGUCAUAUUAGCAGGAGGAACCAUGUCACCCGUGAGUAUCCUUCGUCUCAUAUUGUCACCAUCACCACAAACGCUGACAAGAGGUGAUACUAGANUGUCCGACUACACAGCCCAACUCUUCCCCUACCUCGACAGAGCACGUAUAACGACACUCUCCUGCGGUCACGUAAUCCCAACCACAAACCUCUUCGUCAGCCCGGUGGUAUCAUCCCACAACAACACCGAUUUCAACUUUAGCUUCUCGUCCCGCAACCUCGCUUCCACAAUCACCGCACUCGGAGACUCGAUCUUGAAACUUCUACCCACCGUUCCUCACGGCUGCGUGGCAUUCUUCCCCAGCUACAGUUACUUGGAUCAAGUAGUCUCCCACUGGCAAAAGACACCAGCCACAAACUCAGCAUCCCUAUGGACCAGAAUGCAAAAAGCAAAGCCAAUCUUCAGAGAAACCCAACAAACAGGAACAGAAGAAACAUUGAAUGCCUACACCACCGCCGUAAAAACCCUCCCCACAGGGGCAUUCUUGCUAGCAGUCAUCGGCGGCCGCCUCAGCGAAGGAAUAAACUUUUCCGACGAAUUGGGGAGAUGCGUCAUGGUCGUCGGUCUACCCUACGCAAACCCAAACACGGCAGAGCAAAAGGCAAAAAUCAAGUAUAUCGAAGAAAAAGCUGUUGCUGUUGGAGGUGCUGCUUCGGCGGGUGCGGCGGCGGCAAGAGAUUUUGCGGACAAUACUUGUAUGCGUGCUGUGAAUCAAGCAAUCGGUAGAGCUGUCCGGCAUAAGAAUGAUUGGAGUGCGAUUUUGUUGUUUGAUAACAGGUAUAUGCAGAAGAGGAUACAAGAUAGGCUUCCUGGGUGGAUCAAAGCGAGUUUGGGACAAACGGCAAGGACUGGCUUUUACGAUGUAGAGGCGGGACUGAAGAGAUUCUAUGCUGGUAAGGCUCGAGGAGAUGGUGGUGUAGUA